CGCAGCGCUCGUUACGCCGCUGCUUCCUGCCCGGCCGCUGCCGCCCGUCAUGCUGCGGCUCCUGCUCCCGCUCGCCGGCUUGGCCGCGUUCCUCCGGGCGGCGACUGUACCCAGGAGUUUUGGGAUUGAUUAUGACUGCGGCUGCUUCGUCAAGGACGGGAGACCCUUCCGGUACAUCUCGGGCAGCAUUCACUACUCGCGGGUGCCCAGCUACUACUGGAAGGACCGCCUGCUGAAGAUGAAGAUGGCAGGGCUUGAUGCCAUUCAGACGUAUGUGCCCUGGAACUACCAUGAACCCCAGCCUGGUGUGUAUGAUUUUUCUGGUGACAGGGAUCUGGAGUAUUUCCUGCAGCUUGCUAACGAGACUGGUUUGCUGGUUAUCCUGAGAGCUGGACCUUACAUCUGUGCAGAGUGGGACAUGGGAGGUCUUCCUGCAUGGCUGCUGGAGAAGAAAUCUAUUGUUCUCAGGUCUUCUGAUUCAGAUUACCUGGCAGCAGUAGAAAAGUGGAUGGGUGUCCUUUUGCCAAAGAUGAGGCCUCACCUCUAUGAAAAUGGUGGUCCAGUCAUCAUGGUGCAGGUAGAGAACGAGUAUGGAAGCUACUUCGCUUGUGACUACGACUAUCUGCGUUCCCUUCUGAAGCUCUUCCGCCAGCAUCUUGGGGAUGAGGUGGUGCUGUUCACAACCGAUGGUGCAAGCCAGUUUCACUUGAGAUGUGGAGCUCUUCAGGGUCUUUAUGCAACAGUGGACUUUGCCCCAGGUGGCAAUGUCACAGCAGCAUUCUUAGCUCAAAGGAGCAGUGAACCCACAGGGCCUUUGGUUAAUUCUGAGUUCUACACUGGCUGGUUGGAUCACUGGGGGCACCGUCACUCUGUUGUGCCCACACAAACCAUAGCUAAAACACUCAAUGAGAUCCUGGAACGUGGUGCUAAUGUUAACCUGUACAUGUUUAUGGGUGGAACUAACUUUGCCUAUUGGAAUGGUGCUAAUAUGCCCUAUAUGCCACAGCCCACUAGCUAUGACUACGAUGCUCCUCUGAGCGAAGCAGGGGAUCUAACAGAGAAGUACUUUGCCUUGAGGGAAGUUAUUGGUAUGUACAAGGAGUUACCAGAAGGCCUUAUCCCUCCCACAACACCCAAGUUUGCAUAUGGGAAGCUUCGCUUGCAGAAGGUGGGCACAGUGGUGGAGGUUCUUAACCGGUUGUCACCUACUGGACCAGUGAAAAGCACUUACCCAUUAACCUUUGUUCAGCUAAAGCAGUAUUUUGGGUUUGUACUGUACAGAACUGCACUUCCCAAGAACUGCACGGAGCCAGCGCAGCUCUCUUCACAUUUCAACGGGGUCCAUGACCGUGCCUACAUCUCCGUGGAUGGGGUUCCUCAAGGUGUUCUUGAAAGGGAUAAAUCACUUAAGAUAAACAUAACUGGGAAGGCUGGAGCAAAGCUGGACAUCUUGGUAGAGAAUAUGGGCAGAGUCAACUUUGGUAGAUACAACAAUGACUUCAAGGGGCUAGUUUCAAACUUAACUCUUGAUGAUGAUGUGCUUGUGGAAUGGGAAAUCUACCCUCUGGACAUUGAUGGAGCAGUAAAGCGUGACAUGGGUGGCAACCUCGAUCGACUGAAGAGAUCUGUUGACCCUCAGCUGAGUUAUGAAGCACCUACUCUUUACACUGGGACACUUGUAAUUCCUGAAGGAAUUCCAGACUUGCCUCAAGACACCUAUGUCAACUUUCCUGGCUGGACAAAGGGGCAAAUUUGGAUCAAUGGCUUCAACCUUGGUCGCUACUGGCCGGCCCGUGGCCCUCAGCUGACCCUUUUUGUUCCAGGCAAUAUCCUGGUUUCUUCCAUGCCAAACAACGUGACAGUGUUGGAGCUGGAGCAUUCUCCUUGCAGCACCCAGGAGUGUGAGAUAGAGUUUGUAGAUGUGCCUAAUAUCAAUGCAACCACACAGUAUGGCAGUUAUGCCCCUAAGCCCUUUGUGAGAGACAUGUGGGUGAAUCCUUUAUAACUGGAGG